UCUCUAAUUUUCCAUCGCUGGAGUGCGCUGUCCUCUGUACCGAGUGAAUCGAGAGGACGUGUUGAUGACGUUUGCAAUAUCCAUUUUGUACAUUAUUCGCAUUUGUUGUCGAUUCGGUCGGACUACUGGGUUAUAAACACGUAUUUUUUUUACAGUUAGCCUUCCAAGGCUAAAUAAGAAGGCAUCCUGGAAGAAGCGGGUGAACCGAAGAUCCCUACGCAGCAUGGAUUCUAUGUAACUCCGGCAAAAUGUAAUGAGGAGAUGACUCCGGGAGAGAAAGAUCAACAGGGUACCAACCGUAUAGUGUUGGUCAAGAAAAUUAUCAUGAAAGAUGGGCCCACGCCGGGCCAUGGCAUUGGCAGACCCAGUGUCUCCCAUGCUGUUGUGGUCAUCUUCCUGGAGUUCUUUGCCUGGGGUCUCCUCACCACUCCCAUGCUGACAGUUUUACAUGAAACGUUUCCACAGCACACAUUUCUGAUGAAUGGCCUUAUUCAAGGUGUGAAGGGCCUCCUGUCCUUCAUGAGCGCCCCUCUGAUUGGUGCCCUGUCAGAUGUGUGGGGCAGGCGGUCCUUCCUAUUGGUCACUGUGUUCUUCACCUGUGCCCCCAUCCCGCUCAUGAGACUCAGUCCCUGGUGGUACUUUGCAGCGAUUUCCAUGUCAGGGGCUUUCUCUGUCACCUUCUCUGUCAUCUUUGCUUAUGUCUCUGAUGUCACUGAGGAGCAUGAAAGAAGCACAGCAUACGGACUGGUGUCGGCUACGUUUGCAGCCAGCCUGGUGACGAGUCCAGCCAUCGGGGCGUACCUGUCCGCGUGUUACGGUGACAACCUGGUGGUGUUGGUGGCUACGCUGGUGGCUCUGGCAGACAUCUGCUUCAUCCUGCUGGCCGUGCCUGAGUCCCUACCGGAGAAGAUGAGACUCAACACCUGGGGAGCACCUAUCACCUGGGAGCAGGCAGACCCCUUCCAGUCGAUGAGGAAAGUGGGAAAGGAUCCCACAGUUCUUCUCAUCUGUAUAACCGUGUUCCUGUCCUACCUACCUGAGGCUGGUCAAUACUCCAGUUUCUUCCUAUAUCUUAGACAGGUCAUUAACUUUUCAUCGGCAACAAUCGCAGUGUUCAUCGGGGUGGUUGGAAUCCUCUCCAUCAUAGCCCAGACACUUAUUCUCACAGUCUUGAUGAGAACUAUUGGAAACAAGAACACGGUCCUUCUGGGACUGGGCUUCCAGAUUCUACAGCUGGCCUGGUACGGCUUCGGGUCAGAACCAUGGAUGAUGUGGGCUGCAGGUGCAGUAGCAGCCAUGUCUAGUAUCACCUUUCCUGCAGUGAGUGCCCUGGUGUCUCGCAGUGCAGACCCAGAUAAGCAAGGUCUGGUUCAGGGGAUGAUCACUGGUAUCCGAGGCCUGUGUAACGGUCUGGGCCCGGCGCUGUACGGACUUAUCUUCUUCAUGUUUAACGUAGAGCUGAACACAAUCGAUCCCAUCCAGGGAGAGUACCCCAUCGACCCUUUACCUGUUAACCCCCCGACUGAGAAAUCCUUGAUCCCCGGCCCUCCCUUCCUGCUGGGCUCAUGCACGGUGGUGGUGGCCUUCCUGGUAGCCUUGUUUAUCCCUGAGAACACCGAACCUCCUGUGGUGACCUGCGCUGACGCCAAGGAUACCUCCAUGCUAGCCGGCGUCCACAUCAACACCCCGUUACCGGGCAGCGACGAGGACACGCCAGCCCCGACCAGCGACGAGGACUUUGAGCCCCUCCUGCAGGACAGCUUUGUGUGACUGAGGGAGGGCAGCAGGCCCCUCCUGCAGGACAGCGUUGUAUGACUGAGGGAGGGGAGCAGGCCCCUCCUGCAGGACAGCGUUGUGUGACUGAGGAAGGGCAGCAGGUGGCUCCUGCAGGACAGCGUUGUAUGACUGAGGGAGGGCAGCAGGUGGCUCCUGCAGGACAGCGUUGUAUGACUGAGGGAGGGCAGCAGGUCCCUCCUACAGGACAGCGUUGUAUGACUGAGGGAGGAUGGAGGGCAGCAGGCGGCUUUGGUAUUAUUACACCCAUCUACGGGUACCACGCCCCCCAUGUAGCCUACAUAUCCCCAACGGAGGAGAGGGAGAGAGGCCUAGCUAACAAACCUCAAUAUUCUGUGCAACUCUGCACUGCACAACCAACCAUUCCCCGCCCCUGUCCCAUAAAAAAUAAUUUUUAUUUUUAUUUUUUAGCUGGAUUGGAUUUGCUGUUUAUGAUGUAGUGAUCUUACAGGGGAUGCUUUUUUUUGGGGGGGGGGACCUCUAAGGACCUCUAAGUUUUAAUUCUGAAGGGAGCGACAGCGAAGAUGGCGGACCCAGCGGGCAAAAGUGGUUACUGGUUGGUAUCUGGUGCCAUUUCAACCAGGUUUGCCCGCUGGGUAGAUUGAGUUGUUCAAUAGAGGUAGAAGGGAAAGAGCUUGCUGUGCCCGGCAUCUUAUUGCUUUAACGCAUCUUCAAGCUCAGCAUUUACUGUAGCCCACACCUAAUGGUACCUCAACACAAGGAGGCUUGAACCGAGUCUGUGAAAUGCAAGGAGAUAUGUGCCAGUAGUCAGUCAACAAAAUAUUUACUUAGAAAGCUUGUUCACUAUGAGCAGCCAUAAGAUUACGACAUUAUAAAAUGGAUGAGAUGUAUACUGUAAGUCCGAUAUUUCAUGGGAGCUUCUGUUUACAAGCCUUACAGCAACUCAUAUCAUUCAGAGAGCAGUUAUCAUAUCAUUGUCUUAUAACUGGUGGGUAAACAUGGGAGAUUAGGAUGAUAGGAUAUUUGACAUAGGAAGAUAAGAUCUUGGUGUAAUUUUUACUCCCAAGAUCUCAACUUCUCACUUUAUUGUGCAGAGUUUUGGUACUUGAACCACUGGUCCUAGAGUAACUGCUAAAAGUGUUUCUGUAUAGUGAGAACUAUUUAAGAUAGACUGGAUGUGGCCUCCUGUCAGUAGGAGGCAGUGCUGAGGUGUGGAUGCCAUUAGGUUAUGGUUGUCAUGGUUUUAUGCAGUGCUCUGCAGUUUCUGUUCAGUCUGUGAAAUCUUGAUUGCUACUGUACUAAAAAGGGUUUUUAUCUUAAAAUAUAUGAGGUAUUUUAUUUAUAUUAUCCAUACUGUAAAAAUGAUAUUGCUAAUGUUCUGCAACAUAUUGACAGAAAUGUCUAGGCUACUCUGGUAGGAAUAAUAAUGUAUUUAACUUAGAGAAACAAGUUUUUACUGGUUUUCUUUUUGUAAUUUUUGGGAGAAUUUUUUUAAUUUUUUUUUUUUUUUUUUUUAGUAUAACCUUACCCUGAAAUAUAUGAUGGGGCGGAUUUUUUUGUGUGUGUGUUUUUUUUGUUGUUGUGUGUGUGU